GGGCCUGCUGCGUGCAAUUACAAAUGAGCCGCGAGCAGAGCGAGCGAGCCACAGUCGCUGUCCCGCCUGCCUCCCGACGAGGAGUGCGAAGGAGGAGCGGAGCCCUCGGGUUGGAGGGAUCCGGGAGGAGCGGGAAGCCCCGAGGAGGGCGAGGAGAGCGGGUGGCCAGGACGAGCAGGGGCUGUUAUUCUGCCAUUGCUCUCACCACCUUCCCCCACCCCCAGACCCAGCUCCCGAGCAAAACUCCGUCCCCGAGCUGGGGCCGGGACCACAACCCCGCGUCCUCGUGGCUGGAUGCAAAGUGGGUGGGGGCGGGGGCACUGAGCGGAGCCCGAUCCCCAGCCUGGAGCUGCGGGCUGCAGCCGAUGUGCUUGCGUGCCCGUGGCGGGCGGCAGAUGGGCGGAUGACGGCGCUGCCCCGAGCCAGCGCGGCGGCGUUCCCAGGGGAUGCCCACAGGUGGCCCCUUGACAGGGGGCAGUGAUGAAUGAACCAGAGCUCCGUCAGAGGAAGACAAGGAACAAUAACUUCCCCUGGUGAAGGACGCACCCCCCGCCUCGCCCACGCUGCCCAUCCCUGAAUAGCAUGAUCUCCCCUAGAGGAAGGUGCCCCUGCCCACCAGUGGGCCACUGAUCAGGCCAUUAGUGAUCCAUAGAAAGUAGAAGAGGAAGGGCAUCCACGUAGACGCCAGCAAGCAUCCUCCCUGCAGUCCCAACAUGUGGCUCCUUCUGGUUUACCUGCUACUGGCCUGGGUAGCAGGGGCUGCUGCUGCUGUCCCUGUGGUACCCUGGAGGGUACCAUGCCCACCCCAGUGCACCUGCCAGAUCCGGCCCUGGUACACACCCCGCUCCGUGUACCGGGAGGCUACAACAGUGGAUUGCAAUGACCUGUUCUUAUCCUCUGUGCCCCCAGGACUGCCCAUUGGCACCCAGACCCUCCUCCUGCAGAGUAACAACAUAGCUCGGGUGGAGCAGAAUGAGCUUGACUACCUGGCCAACCUGACUGAGCUUGACCUGUCCCAAAACAGCUUUUCUGAUGCCCAUGACUUUGGCCUUCGGGCCCUGCCCCAGCUACUGAGCCUUCACCUGGAGGAGAACCAGCUGACCCAGCUGGAGGACAACAGCUUUAUGGGGCUAGCAAACCUUCAAGAGCUCUAUCUCAACCAUAACCAGCUUCGCAGAAUCUCCCCUGGGGCCUUCGCAGGGCUGGGCAACCUCCUGCGACUUCACCUCAAUUCCAACCUGCUGCAGGCUGUGGACAGUCGAUGGUUCCAGGUCCUGCCGAGCCUAGAGGUCCUCAUGAUAGGGGGCAACAAGGUGGACGCCAUCUUGGACAUGAAUUUUCGGCCUCUGGCCAACCUGCGCAGCCUGGUGCUGGCGGCCAUGAACCUGCAGGAGAUCUCCGAUUACGCCCUGGAGGGUCUGCGGAGCCUGGAGAGCCUCUCUUUUUAUGACAACAAGCUGGCCCGAGUGCCUAAAAGGGCGCUGGAGCAUGUGCCUGGGCUCAAGUUCCUGGACCUGAAUAAGAACCCGCUGCAGAGGGUGGGGCCGGGGGACUUCACCAACAUGUUGCACCUCAAAGAGCUCGGGCUGAACAACAUGGAGGAGCUGGUCUCCAUAGACAAAUUUGCCCUCGUCAAUCUCCCAGAGCUCACCAAGCUGGACAUCACCAAUAACCCCCGGCUUUCUUUUGUCCACCCCCGCGCCUUCCGCCACCUGCCCCAGAUGGAAACCCUCAUGCUCAACAACAAUGCCCUUAGUGCCUUGCACCAGCAGACAGUGGAAUCCCUGCCCAACCUACAGGAAAUCGGUCUCCACGGCAACCCUAUCCGCUGUGACUGUGUUAUCCGUUGGGCCAACACCACGGACACCCACGUCCGCUUCAUCGAACCGCAGUCUACGUUGUGCGCUGAGCCGCCCGAUCUCCAGCACUGCCCUGUGCGUGACGUGCCCUUCCGGGAGAUGACCAACCAUUGCCUGCCCCUAAUCUCUCCUCGGAGCUUCCCCCCAAGCCUGCAGGUGGCCAGUGGGGGGAACCUGGCCCUCCACUGCCGGGCCCUGGCUGAGCCAGAGCCUGAAAUCUACUGGGUGACUCCGGCUGGGGUGCGGCUGACUGCCGCCCGGGCAGGGGGAAGGUAUCGGGUAUACCCGGAGGGAACACUGGAGAUCCGAGAGGUUACUGAAGGUGAGGCUGGGCUCUAUACCUGUGUGGCCCAGAACCUGGUGGGAGCUGACGCCAAAUCAGUCAGCCUGGCGGUUGGCAGCUCCCUCCCCAGAGGGAGUAUCCAGGAGCGGGAGCUGGAACUGAGGGUUCAGGAAGUCUACCCAUAUCAUAUCCUGCUGUGCUGGGAGCCCCUCCCCAACACCAUCUCCACCAACCUUACCUGGUCCAGCUCCUCUUCCCUCCGAGGGCCAGGAACCACCGCCCUUGCUCGCCUGCCUGGGGGUACCCACAGCUACAAUAUCACCCGCCUCCUCCAAGCCACUGAGUACUGGGCCUGCCUGCAGCUGGCCUUUGCUGACGCCCACACCCAGGUGGCCUGCAUCUGGGCUAGGACUAAGGAAGCCAUCCCCCACCGUGGGGCCCUGGGGAGCCAUGUAGGGGUUCUUGCCGCCUUGGGGCUUACCGCCCUACUGCUAGCUGCUGGGCUGGCCAUUCACUGUGGCCUUUGCCCUACUAAACCAAGUGGGCCGGUGGGUGAAAAGCCUCUCCUCCCAUCCUGGGCCCCUUGCGGCCGCAGCACCCCUUCUGUCCGAGUGGUAUCACCCCCCUUUAUCAAGCAUUGGAAUCCAGGGAGGAAGCCCACAAAACUUGCAGAAGGGGAGAUGGUUUCACCGGUAAUGCUCUAUGAUUCCUGAAGUUCAUCUUACUCUUGGGGGUAGGGGAAUAACUAAGACUAUUUUUUACCAAAAGGGAAGAGGGCUGGACCAGACAUCCCACUGUAAAGGUGACAUAGACCCACAUCCUUAUGGCAUGGCAGCUGGACAUGGACGGCCUGGACCCCCUCAGUGUCCUGCCCCUUAAAACACUGCCACCGGUCCUCUGUGGGACCUCCCUGCUGCCUUCAUGAGGACACUUUCCAGGAGCAGGAAGUGCUCUGGCUAUUAACCUUCCCCCCACCUCCAUCCCAGCCUGUUACCCCAUUUAUCUGGGAGCCCCUUUAAACUCAGCUUGGAUCCUGGGCCCUUGGCCCUACCCCAUCCCCCCCAGGGAGCCUAGCCUUUCUUUUCUCCUCUAUGUACAGUUUCACUUGCCUGCUCUUACCCCUCCUAGCCCUAGCUAGGGCUAGUAUCUCCUUCUGCCCCGAAGGAGCUCUCUCUGAAGGGGAAGGGAAUACCUUGCAUCUGGGGGACACGGAGAGGAAGGAGCUACCCAGUGCACUGUGGGGGACCCUUAUCACCCAGAUGCCGGAGGGACUAGGUCACUGGAGCUGACUCUGCAAACAGCUUUGUACCUUUAUGGAGAAACAUGACAUUGUCUCCCAUUUCUCCAAUUCGCUCUCUUCUCCUGACUUGGAAAGGGGGAGGAAGAAGGGUGGGAAGGGAGGGAGG